UGAAUCGAAGACAAAUAACUGUUCCCUUCAACAGUCCCCCUUCUGUUUUUACUCCUGAGACUGCAGAUUUCAGCUUGUAAAUUAACACAAGAAGCUCAGAAAAUGGUUGGGUUAGGAUCCGUUUCGACACCAAUGUGCAUCACUUCACCGUUACCUUGUAAACCCAGAAGCAAUUUCCCAGGAAAACUUUCACACCCACUUCUUGCAAUUCACAAAUUUCAUUCUCUGCCUCUGUCAUCUCAUUUCUCCCCUCAGAAGAACAAAGUAAUUGAAACCCAUUUCACUUUGAAAGCUUCUUCUUCAUCUUCUACAGUGGGAACUGCAGAUUACACUGAGGAACCCACAACCAAAGUGAAAUUUCAGACAUCUUUAAGUUUGCCUGGUUGCUCAAGUUCCUUGUCUUUGCUCGGUACAGGGUACAGGGAGAAAGUUUUUGCCAUCAUUGGUGUUAAGGUUUAUGCUGCUGGAUUAUAUGUCGAUCAAUCCAUCUUAAGUAAAUUGGAUGCCUGGAAGGGACGGUCUGCUACUCAACUUCAAGAUGACAUGUUCUUGUUCAAGUCGAUUUUCGAGGCUCCAAUGGAGAAAUCGUUGCAGAUUGUGCUGGUCAGAGAUGUCGAUGGCAAAACAUUCUGGGAUGCUUUGGAUGAAGCUGUCUCCCCAAGGAUCAAGGCGCCAACACCGGUCGAUGAAUCUGCACUAUCCACAUUACGUAGUAUUUUCCAAGGACGACCUCUUAAUAAAGGAACUUCCAUCUUUUUGACUUGGCCCGACACAUCCAAAAUGCUUAUUGCUGUCUCAUUGGAUGGAAUACCAACUUGUAUGGAUGCUACAAUUGAGUCGGCAAAAGUAGGUUCUGCACUUUUUGAUGUAUUUUUCGGAGAUUCUUCGGUUUCUCCUUCAUUGAAGACAUCAGUUGCCGGUGGGCUGGCCGCCUUUCUCAAGUAAAUACAAUGAGGUAGUUUCCUCGAGU